AUGAGCAACGAACUUCAAAACCCCAAUGAAGGAAAGUGUGUUCCUGUUACUUCUACUAAUUUGCAUGAGCAAAUAUCUGAAUGUAGGAACGGUGUGUCACCAAUGCAUGACAAGGAUUCCCCCUGGGUACCUGAAAACAACGCGAAGUCUAAACAGAGGACCAAAAGACAACGCAGCAAAAAGGCAAAGCUUACAGCGACCACAAACCCAGCUGAACCACAUCGGCCACCUAUUGAGCAAAACCGAUCUAGCCACCAAAAUCGGGAAACUCCGAUUGCGGCUCAGCAAACUCAGAAUCCUUCUUUUUCGGUCUCUGGUGGAACUCCAUCAACAGAUCAUAUGGCCUAA